AUGUGUCGAACAACCAAUCUCUUGCUCACCCUCAUCAGCAUAAGCAUAUUUCCAUUCUUCACAAAUGGCGCACUACAACCCCAGCAUCAGCAUGCCCAUGGCGGCGGCUGCAACCCUGACGAGAGGGCCACCUUGCUCUCCUUCAAAAAGGGCAUUACAAGCAACGACGCCAACAUCCUCACCUCGUGGCAGGGACAGGACUGCUGCCGGUGGAGAGGUGUCAGUUGCAGCAACCGAACAGGCCAUGUCAUCAAGCUUCAUCUUCGCAAUCCGAAUGUGGCACUCGACACUUAUGGCGAGUAUGAUGUAUGUGGUGGUGCCAGUGCUUUGUUCGGCGAGAUAAGUCCCUCUCUGCUUUCCUUGAAGCAUUUAGAGCACAUGGACCUCAGCAUGAACUGUUUACUAGGUACAAAUAGUCAAAUUCCUCAUUUGCUGGGCUCCAUGGGGAACUUGAGAUACCUUAACCUCUCUGGCAUACCAUUUACCGGUAGGGUGCCUCCUCAUCUUGGUAAUCUGUCUAAGUUACAGUAUCUUGACCUUGGCCAAGAUGGUGAUUAUUCUGAUAUGUACUCAACGGAUAUCACCUGGUUAACAAAGCUAGCUUUCCUAAAGUUCCUUGGCAUGAGUGGAGUAAAUCUCUCAGGGAUAGUUGACUGGCCUCAAACCCUGAAUAUGAUUCCACCUCUGAGGGUUAUUGAUCUUUCUUACUGUCUUCUUGAUAGUGCAAACCAAUCACUUGCGCACCUUAAUCUCACAAAACUUGAGAAGCUUGACCUGUCCUAUAAUGAUUUUGAGCACUCACUUGCAUCUGGCUGGUUUUGGAAAGCAACAAGCCUCAAGUACCUCGAUCUUGGGCAGAACUCACUAUUCGGCCAGUUCCCUGACAUGCUAGGAAACAUGACAUACCUUCAAGUCCUUGAUAUUUCGCAGAAUUGGAACGGGGACAUGAUGAUGACAGGAAACCUUAAGAAUCUUUGA